AUGGGCAAAUUAAGCUUUAAAAAACUACUUACCCUUCUUCUCCUUAUCCAGUUCUUGUGUGUUGUUGCUUCUGCCUCUUCUACUAAAGAGGCAAAUGCUCUCCUAAAAUGGAAAGCUACCUUUGAAAAUCAAACAAAAUCUCGGUUAAGUUCGUGGACUCUGGUUUCUCCUAAUGCCACCAACUCUAAGCCACUCAUCUUGGACCUUGAUGAAAACCAACUGAAUGGCACAAUUCCAUCUGAAAUUAGUCAGUGUCAAUCUCUUAAUGAGCUUGCCUUGUAUAGUAACAGUCUAGACGGUCAAAUUCCUACUUCUCUUGGUAAUCUGAGCAACCUAGUUAGGUUAUAUCUCAACAAUAAUUCGCUUUCAGGUUCUAUUCCUGUAGAAAUGGGAAAUCUAACAAAUUUGAUUGAACUUUACUUGGAUACCAACCAUCUUACAAGCCUCAUUCCUUCCAAUUUUGGAAAUUUUACUAAGCUUAUUGUGUUGCAUGCCUUUGACAAUCAACUUUCUGGUCUCAUUCCUGAAGAAUUAGGAAAUUUGAAGUGUCUUGAACAUCUAAGCCUUUAUGCGAACAAUCUUUUUAGUUCUAUUCCAGCAUCAUUGGGUAGCCUGAUGAAUCUCAACUACCUUCAUCUCUAUGGAAAUCAGCUUUUUGGUCCCAUUCCUAAAUAG